GGCGAGCGUUACCCUGAAUGGAGCAAGCCCUCGCGGCGGGUACCUGGAAGGCUGGCAGGAUCCUCCUUGCUCCCUCCUGAGCCGGGGCGACUGUUGUGACAUCAGAUAACAUCACUGCACUCAACAUGUGUUCAGCAGACCCAGAACCCGAGAGUCAGCAGCUUAAAGACCCGUAUGAAAAGUUCAUAUAUCAGCAUCUCCAGUACUAUGGUUAUUUCAGAGAUGAGGACAAUUUUCCUCACAAGCUUACUUUUCCUCUUGAAAGCUGGGAGAACUCAUGCCAUGUAUUGUCACCAGGUGACUUCUACAAAAGGGAUAGAAAAGAACCUGACUCAGACAAGAACCUACUCUGUUCACUAGUGAUGGAGACUGCACUUCUGAAAAGUAAACAGCGUAUGCUUGACCAACUAGAAAGCCCUGGGACCUUGCGCUUACGGGAACCUCGGAAUCUUUUUUCUCUUCCUAGAGAUAGAAAUUCAAAAUUAACCCCACUCUGGCCAAUAGAGUGUGAAGUAAUUGAGGAUCGUAUCUCCCACAUUGAAUGGGUUCCCCCUGAACCUGAACCUUUUUAUCAGCCAACUGGAAAUGAAUUUACACCGGAAGUAGUUGGAGAGAAUUCUGGAACUGUUGUCUAUUUCAUUGAUCCAGCAACUACAGGUACCUAUUUUAUUGGUUCAAGAGUUGGAGGGUCAAGGGAACCUAUCAAGUCAGCUGCGGUCAGCUUAAAAGAUCCAGAAGAUACCACACUGCUAUUUGAAUCACGCUUUGAAAGUGGGAAUCUCCAGAAGGCAGUCAGGGUAGGUGAAUAUGAAUAUGAACUCACUUUGCGGACGGAUCUUUAUACCAGCAAGCACACACAGUGGUACUACUUCAGAGUACAGAAUACUAGAAAAGAUGUAACCUACCGCUUCACAAUUGUUAAUCUGAUGAAAGCCAAAAGCCUCUACAAUAUGGGGAUGAAGCCUCUCCUGUAUUCUCAGAAGGAUGCUCAGUCUCAGGGCAUUGGCUGGAGGAGAAUGGGUAAUGAUAUCAAGUAUUAUAAAUACAACACCGAAGAUGGACAAACCCUCUACUGCCUCACGUGGACAGUGUGUUUUCCUUACGGCUAUGACACAUGUUACUUUGCUCAAUUCUAUCCUUAUACCUAUUCAGAUCUCCAACAGUAUCUUUUGACUUUGGUAAGCAAUCCACUCUAUUCUCAGCAUUGCAAACUCCGCCCUCUGUGCAACAGUCUAGCGGGAAACACGGUAUACCUGCUCACUAUUACCAAUCCAGCCACAAGUACCAGUGCUGCUGCUGCAAAAAAGGCUAUUAUACUGAGUGCUAGAGUCCAUCCUGGGGAAACAAAUGGUUCAUGGGUGAUGAGAGGUUUUUUAGAUUUUAUCCUGAGUGAUGCUCCUGAUGCUCAGCUCCUUCGAGAUCUCUUCAUAUUCAAAGUUGUGCCCAUGCUGAACCCAGAUGGAGUUAUUGUGGGAAACUAUCGCUGCUCAUUGGCAGGAAGAGACUUAAACAGAAACUACAGGACAGAACUAAAGGAAUCUUUCCCCUGCAUUUGGUAUACUCGGGCCAUGAUCAAGAGAGUCCUAGAGGAACGUGAAGUCCUGCUGUAUUGCGAUAUCCACGGGCAUAGUCGAAAGAACAAUAUCUUCAUGUAUGGCUGUAACAACAAAUAUGCACAAGAUCAGUUACUUCACGAACGAAUCUUUCCUCUUAUGAUGAGCAAGAAUAUUCCUGAUAAGUUUUGUUUCAACAGCUGUAAAUUUCAAGUUCAGAAGUGUAAAGAAGGAACUGGGCGAGUUGUGAUGUGGAGAAUGGGAAUACUGAAUAGUUAUACUAUGGAAUCUACGUUCAGUGGAUCAACACUAGGCGCUAAAAGUAACUCUCAUUUUACUUCUGAGGAUCUCAAAUCUCUAGGCUAUCAUGUCUGUGAUACCUUAUUGGACUUUUGUGAUCCAGACCGCUCCAAGUUUCAGCAAUGCUUACUUGAGCUUAAGGAAUUAUUGAAGCAAAAAAUCCAGAGUAAGCUCUCAGAGUUGGGCAAAAGCAUGGAAAGUACCUGGAACGACAUCUCUCUAUCUGAUGUUGAAUCUAGCACAAGUGGGUCUGACAGCUCCCAAUCAGAUGGCCCUCCUCCACAUUUGCUCAAGAUGGUAGAAAAGGAUUAUAAUGAGAAGAAGAAAAAGAAGAAGAAACAUCUGCGAACAAGGAAGGAAAGAAAUGAUUUGCAUCAGAAAUUUGCUCUGAGCCAUGCAUUAAAGCACAAGGAAAAAGUUCUGGGUGAAGAACUGGGUCAUUCAGUCUCUUCAUUUUUGCCGGGAGAAAGCUUAAGUAACUGUCAAAAGUGCCACGAAGAGGAUAUUUUAGAGACUUUUGAGAUCCUUUCAUUUGAUAUGUGCUUUCCACAAAAUAUCUGCUGUAUAGAGAUUCCUACAGGUAAACAGAUCAUCCCCCUGACUGAAUGUGAGAUCAAGAUCAAGAACCCCAAUCCCCUCCUGAUAUCCACGAUUCCACCGUCAUCAGUACAGCAACACAGCUUUACAACACCGGCCAUCGUGCAGCAGCCACCUUCAUGUUAUAUACAUUGCAAUGAAGAACUUAAUGGGAAACAGAAUGCAGGUACCUCUGUUCCAUCAUCCUGCCGUGGAGUCAAACGGUACAGGUCCAUGUGGUGGCAUCCUGAAGUGCCUUCCGUGACUUCAAUGCUACGUCGAAGUCUCUCCUUGAAAUCUCAGAAUAUAUUAGGCAACAGACCUAUGUGGCAGUUGAGCCAAAGCAGGUCACAGGUUCUUCCUCAACGAGAAUUCAUAUGGAAGCCUUUCCAAAUUGACCACAUACUUCUGAAGGCAGAGAAUGAAUACUGCACCAAAGCCAAGGGAGUACAAAAGGCAACUGGUCAAAAAUAUUCAUCCCAAGAUAGCAGAGAAGCUAUUCCACAGAUCAAGUUUGUGUACAAGGAACGUGUCUUCCCCCAUGAAACCAUGAACUUUGAAUAACCUACCCUGAGUUAACAACUGGUCAAUAGGAAAGCAGGCCCUCUCCUAUUCUUACCUGUUACAAGACUUUAGUGCAACAACUGCUGCACAUCUUUGGUGAAUGAUAACUUGGAGCCUCGAUUAAGAAGACAGUAAAUUCUCUUAUUUCCACAGAUUAACGGCAAACCAUUCUGAAGGGCAAUGGUUUUCUUUGUUCAUUAAUAUCUUAAGAUAGCUUAAGGCAGCCUGCAUACGGAUUUCCCGCCUAUUUGUUUUCCUGAUAAGAAAA